AAGUUAGUGCAAGCUGUGGCUAACGCUGGACACUUCACUUUCUGACUUCCAACAUCUGAAAACUUUGUUUUAAUAAAUCACAUGCACUGUUUCACUAUGAAUGACAGCUGCCAACUUGGCAGCGUGAACAACAUAACAAAAUAUCUGGAUUUGGCGAUUUACGUGCCCAUCUUUGUUUUUGGGUUGGCGCUGAACAUCUUAGCUUUGGUGGUGUUUUGUGUACUCCUCAGAAAAUGGACGGAGUCCUCCAUUUACAUGACCAACCUGGCAUUGAUGGAUCUUUUGUUGCUGCUGCCACUGCCCUUCAAAAUGCAUGCGGCGCAAAACGAAUGGGAGGCCGACAAAAGUGUCUUCUGUUCCUUCUUGGAGAGCCUUUACUUUGUGGGCAUGUAUGGAAGCAUCUACACGAUUGCCUGCAUAGCCGCAGACCGAUACAUUGCCAUAAAACACCCGUUUCGGGCCAAGCAGUUGCGUUCGAAGAAAAUCGCCCUGAUCGUUUGCUUCUUUAUCUGGAUUUUUGUCAUGGGAGCGACAUCGCCCAUCUACACCUUUCGUGAAGGGCAAACGAAAAGUUUCCGGUGUUUUCAUGGUUUCUCUAAGAGGGGUUGGACCACUGCUGUUAUUGUCUGCUUGGAGGUUUUGGGUUUCCUGUUGCCCGCUACUGUCCUGGUGGUGUGUUCUGCACAAAGCAUCCUCACGCUCAAAGCCUCGGAAAGCAGCGACCCUCAAAGAAAAGCUGGGGUGAAAAUCAUCUACAGCAACCUAGCGGCUUUCCUGAUACCCUUUACCCCUUGUCACGUGGCCAUAUUCCUGCAGUACCUCGUCCGUAAUAACUUCAUCUCGGACUGCGAUCAGCGCUGGAACAUUGCAUUGUUCAUACAAGUGGCGAUGAGUCUCGCAAACGUGACCAUCUGCUUGGACGCGUUGUGUUACUAUUUCAUCGCAAAUGAAGUCCGAUCCACCAAACACACCGGUUAUCAGCAGAGUGAGAUCUUUUAGCAGCUCAAACCAAGAUGUUUGAGAAUGAAUUCAAUGGCAAUAAAUUCAAUAAGAAUUAAAUGACUCAGAAUUUGUAAGAAUGUGCAUUGAUGGACUACAGAAAAAUUCUCUUAGCAGAUAUCAAUGGAAGAAAUCACAGCAAAAUCCCCAGAGUUAAAUGAACACGGCUGUGUGUAUAUAUUGUCCCAAUCUUACAGAGUGUUAAAAAGUAACACUGAAGCACCAUCUCGGUUUAAAACCUAAAAUUGCAUUUUACAUCUUAAUUGUAGAGUCAAUUUCUUAACUUAGAUGUUGGCUGUUCCAUUUAAAUUCACUGUUAUGGUGAUCAGUGUGUGUUUUAGUUGGGCUUGACUCUUAUGCUGUGUUUAGACCAGCCGCGGUAGAGGCGUCAAGCGCAAGUGAUUUCAAUGUUAAGUCAAUGUAAAGACGCAUUGAUGCGCAUCUGGAGGUCUCGCAACGUGAAUUAGGUGAUUAACUCUUUCACCGCCAUUGACGAGAUAUCUCAUCAAUUAAGAGAAAACGCUUCCCCGCCAAUGACGAGAUUUUCCGUCUUUUUGCAAUACCUUCCGCAACUUUUUAAACCCAGAAGUAUUGCCCUAUCGCAAGCGGCUGCAUGUCCGUGUCUGUUUUAAAGAUCACUCUGAAUGGGAUCUCUAUGAAAAGUCCGUCACAAAAAUGGAAUUAUAUCUGCUUUUUGCUCAAAAUUUGGUGAUUUUGCAGAAACCUACCCAUAUUCAAAAGCUGAUUACAAAAAAACCACUUAAGUUAGGAUGAACGGUUUGAAAGCAGAGGGUCUGUUCUUUCAUUUGGUAUUGUAUGUUUAUAUAUUUAAAGAAGAACAUUUUCUGGAAGGCAUUAAACUUUGGUAGACACGAUUUCGCCCUCAUUCGCGCGUCUAGUUUGCGCGAAAGGCGCAAAUUGAGCGUUACUGCGGCAUACGUGCGAGUUGAAAAUUUUGAACUUUGGUGGAACCAAUCAGGAGCUUGCUCUAUUAGUGACGUGAAUACAGGAAGCGAGUGGAGUCGCAAAGCCGUCAAACAGCAGCAAAAACUACAAAGAAUAUGAAGGCAAUAUAUAUGUAAACCUGGAUUACAAAACCAGUCAUAAGGGUCAAUUUUUAGAAAAUUUGAGAUUUAUUAGCAUCUGAAAUCUGAAUAAAUAAGCUUUUCAUUAAUAUGGUUUGUAAUAUUUGUCCGAGAUACAAUUUUUUGAAAAUCUGGAAUCUGAGGAUGCAAAAAAUCAAAAUAUGUAGAAAAUCACCUUUAAACUUGUCCAAAUGAAGUCAUUAGCACUGCAUGGACUUUUUUUUACGGUAGGACAUUUACAAAAUCUCUUCAUGGAACAUGAUCCUUACUUAACGUGAUAGUUCACCAAAAAAUUAUUAAAAAAAGGGAUUAUUUACUUCCCCCCCAAGAUGUUACAACCCUGUAUCAAUUUCUUUGUUUUGCUGAACACAAAGGAAGAUAUUUGUAAUUGAACAGGAAACAGAACACCACUGACUUCCAUAGCAGGAGAGAAAAAUACUAUGGAAGUCAAUGGUGCUCAAAAUGAUUUGGUUACAAACAUUGCUACAGGUUUGAAACAGCAUGAGGGUGAGUAAAUUAUGACAGAAUAUAAAUUUUUUGGUGAACUAUCCCUUUAAUAUCCUAAUGGUUUUUGGCAUAAUAAGAAAAAUCAAUAAUUUUUUGACCCAUGCAAUGUAUUUUUGUCUUUUGCUACAAAUACCAUGCGACUUAUGACUGUUUUUGUGGUCCAGGGUCACGUUUAGGAAUGUAUAAAGGCUACAGUCAGCAGAUUAUUUUAAAUUUACCAUCUUGACUGCCCAUUUUUUUUUUAAAUAUAGCUCAAUACGGCAUUUUGCCCGUAUGCCAGUUAUUAUGAAGGUAUGCAUCUCUCAAAGCAUUUCCUUCAGUCAUACAUUCUAAAAACAGAUGGGUUAAAAAUAACACAUUCUGUGUUAGUUUAGGUGUUGUCCCUAACUAACACAUCUCUGUGUUAAUUUUGGAACAACACAUUUUUUGUUCAUUUAACACAACUUGUGGGUCCCUUUUAUUUAUUUUAAAACGAAAUAACACAUAAAUGUGUUAAAUGGCAUGAAACAAACUAUGUGUAAAAAAUGUGCACAUCAUUUUUUGUGUAUGUAAAUAUAGGUUGCUGUACGUGAUUUCAUUUUGCAAACAUCUUCUUGCCACUAAAUUUCAUCCACAGUUACCCUAACAAUAUUCAGAUUACCUUUAUCUCUUAUUUUAUUUCUUACUAUCUCUUAUUGUUGUCUAGUCACUUUAGCUACACUCUAAGAACGGAUGUGUUAAUUUAACACAUUGUUUUGUGUUAUUCUAUUUAACACAUUAUGUGUUAUUGUAACACAUUAUGUGUCAUUUCCUGUUGAUUUUGAGCUGAAAUAAAUAACGGGACAACACAAGAUGUGUUAAAACAACACAAAGUGUGUAGAUGUGUUGUCCUUAACUAGACACAAGAUGUGUUAUGUAAACACAUCCGUUUUAAGAGUGUAUCUGUCCAAAACAUGAGAACGCAACAAACAGCAUUUCAGGAAUCGUCAGAAAGUGAGUUUGUGAUUGGCUAAGGCAGUGGUUUUCAAACUGGGGUGCCAGGGGGGCCCCAGUUUUAUGACAUUUUAUGAAAUACAUUAAUUUAUCAUAAAUUCUGUGUAAUUAAACCUAAAUAAAAUAAUGCCACUAACCAAAAGCACAACUUUUUUGUAUAAUUUAAUGUUUUUUAUUAAAAUGUUGUGUUUUAGAACAGUUUUUUGUCACAAUUUUUUGGGGGGCCGCGAAGAAUGCACCGUACACAAGGGGGGCCGCACGCUGAAAAAGUUUGGGAACCACUGGGCUAAGGCACUGGUUCUCAAAAUUUUAGGCAUUCAGCCACCCUGAAUAAAGGCAUGUAGGGUGCAUCCCUUGCCCCCCCCCCCAAAAAAAAAGAAAAUUCAUGACAAAAGAUUUUAAUUAAAUUAACUUAGAAUUAAAUUAAACAAAACAUAUUAAAUUAUUUUAGAUUAGUUUAGACAGAAUUUAUGAUAAAUUUAUUUGAUAAAAUGACAUAAAACUGGCACCAUCUCACACCCGCCCCCCAGUUUGGGAACUACUGGGCUAAGGUUUGUUAGUUGGUUAAACCAGAGCUGACCACCCCUCCUACAUUCUAAAAACAAAUGGUGCUAAAUAGCACUACAAGUGGUUCACUGGCUUGUAAUCAUAGGGGAACCAUUUUAAGUGCCAUAUAGCACCUAUGUAGUACCUGUUUAGAACUGCUAUAUUGAACCAUAUCUGGUGGUAUAGUGGUGCUAUAUCACCCCCGGAUGGUUCGAUGCUAUAUAGCACUAAAAUGUUUCCUCUACGUAUACAAGCUUUUAGUGUUAUUUAGCACUCAUUUUUUUAGAGUGUACAUACAGUAUAGGUUUGGUAUACACACACACACCAUCAGAAAACAUAUUCUGGUCCGUUUAGCACAUACUUCUUCUGAUGUGUUAAAAAAAACCAUCAAUGACAUCAACUCUUUGUAGACAUUUCUUCAGCAUUAUUCUGUCAUGUGAAAGAUGCUAUAUUUGUCUGUAUCUUCACACUGUCAACACAAGAAACUUGAGGUGUUCGAGCUUACACGCGAUGAUGGUCUGACAAACCAACCUGAAACCUUCAUAAUGACUCAUAAACAUGGUGCAACGAGAUUAUGGGAUGAACUAUUGAGCAGUUUAUUAUCCAGUGUCUAUCUCACUUCUAAGUAUUCUGCAUCAGUUUUUUGUUGUUUUUUGAAAAGUUUGCAUAACCUGUCUGAAAGAAACUGAACCUAUUUUUAAUUAACAUGAAAGUGUAAAAUGUAAAACAGAUUCCCACGUGGGAGUGGGAUGAUUGAUUCAAGGGUUGCGCGUGUCGUGUGUGGGUACACAGCCAUGUGCCACUGGUUUCAAUUUAGUCAUACGGCAACUGAGAUGCUAUCUAUCUGUGAUUCCAUUGUGUUUAUGUGAUUGUUUUAAGCUCAUCAGCUGAAAACAUGUUUGUAUGUCUGUAUUUCAGUUACAUCACUUGAGUAUGUUAAACAACAUCACAUUUUUAGAGAUGCAUGUUUUACUACACUGCCCAUAUUUUGGGGUCUGGGGGUUGCUCCAAUUAUGUAAAAUUCUGAAAACAAGCCUCGCGUGUGCUGAUAACCACAAAGAUAUCUGAUGGAUCUUUACUGAUGAAUUCUCCAGUCCACACACCUUAGUGAAACUGGAAACCAAAAUGUGUGGCACGUAAAAUGUUGUGCAGUUAUUCAGCUCUAAUGUUAUAAAGAUUUAUAAUGUAAAGAUGAUAGGUGGACCAGGUUACUUUCACUAUCCUGUGUGUGAUAGUAAAUGCUUAAAGGGUACAUUUCACAAGACUUUUUUAAGAUGUAAAAUAAAUCUUUGAUGUCCCCAGUAAUGUGAAGUUUUCGCUUAAAAUAUCAUAUAAAUCAUUUAUUAUAAAAAUCGCCACUUUGAAGGUUUGAGCAAAAAUGUGCCGUUUUGGGGUGUGUCCUUUUAAAUGCAAAUGAGCUGAUGAAAUGCAAAUUCUGAUCGCCAUAAUGGUGGUUUGUUGAAAUUGAAACUCAUUUGUGCUGUUAUUUAAUUAUUAAUUAUUUUCUUUCUCUUUUUCACUCUCUCUGCACUAAAUGGCAGUGCCGUGAUUGGAUAGUGCAGCUUAAGGGGCAGUAUUAUUAUAAUAAUAUCCCAUUCUUCUUACAUAUCAAUGGGACCCAAAUUUACUGACUUGUUUUUUCACAUGCUUGCAAAGAAUAGUUUACCAAAACUAAGUUACUGGGUUGAUCUUUUUCACAUUUUUAUAGGUUGACACUUUAAUUGGUAAAACCUAAAAAAAUGUCCUUUUUUCAACUAAAAUGUCACUUUAGUUUCACUUCAGAAAAAAAAUUUGUUGAAACAACUUAGUUUCACUUUUUACACUGUACUGUAUUGUUCAUACUGCUGUACUUUGAGGUUUUGCAUUAUUCAUUUUUAUUUUCAUGUUUAUUGCUGUGAAGCUGCUUUGAUACGAUCUGUACUGUAUAAAGCGGCAUAUCAGUGAUUCUCAAACUGAGAGUCACAGUUUAUGUAAUGAAACAUCAGAGAAAGUACCAACUAACAGAAAUUAUGUUUCAGAUUUGUAUAGUGUAAAGUUUUUGCUUUAAUUAAAAUUUUACAUGUGA